CCGCAAUCUGCUCCGCAAGUGACCACGCGACACCAACCCGCAACAACACUUUUACCACCCCUCAUGCUCUAACUCUACCUACCUUCUAAGCUCUCCCAAGAAAGCGAAGCGAACCGGGAAAAUCGCCAAAUUCCAAAACACCCCGCACGAUCCCCGCCGCGAGGCCACCACCGAACGAAGAUGCUAACCUCCGGCCUCACCAACGCGCCCAUCUCCAAGGGCCUGCUCAUCUACACGAUCGCAGCCUCGGUGGCGCUCGCGAUCCUCGACAUCAAGCACCUGGCCACGCUCCAGAUCACGCCGCACCUGUGGCCGUACGGCCAAUACUGGCGGCUGGCGGCGUGGCAGGUCGCGGGGUUCGGCAACUCGACGGAGGCGCUGUUCGCCGCGAUGCUGGCCUACCACCUGCGGGUGGUGGAGCGGGCGUGGGGGACGCGGAAGAUGGCGACCUUCCUCCUCACCACCUUACCCUACACGACGCUCCUCCCGCCGCUCCUCCUCCUCAUCGUGCGGCCGCUCACCCUCGCGAAGCUGAACGCGCUGCCCUCCGGCCCAACCGCCACGCUCUUCGCGGUACUCGCGCAGUAUCACGCGUCGAUCCCGCAGACGGUGCGGUACUGUCUUUCCACGACCACAGCCGCCACCACGGCCCCAAAUCACUCUACUCCGGCAUCGGCGGCAGCGCCCACGGACCCACCCCCCACCAACAAAGCCAACCUCGCGAUCACGCUCUCCGACAAAUCGACCACCUACCUCGUCGCGGCGCAGCUCGCCGCCUCGCAGUUCCCGAACCUGCUCCUGCCGGCCGUGGUCGGGUGGGGGGUCGGGCUGGCGUGGCGAACGGAGGCGCUGCCGCUGUUCUUCGUGCCGGGCGGGUAUCGGUGGCGGGUGCCGGGGUGGGUGGUUGGGCAGGCGGACCGGAACAGCAGUCGAGUUGGUGGUGGUGGUGCUGGUGGGAGAGAGGCGACGGCUGGGUCCGGGGGCGAGCGGUAUGACGAGUUGCGGCGCAGGUUGGAGGGGGAGGUGGUUGCUGCUUCGGGGUCGUCGGGGGCUGGAGGAGCAGGAGCUGCAGCUGGAUCGGGGGUAGAAGGAGCUGCGCAGCGGUUGAGACGCGGCGUGGGAGCCUAAACCUCUCUGUGGCCGUUUGAUGUAGUGAUAAUGUAUUAUGGUAUGCGGGAUUGGGAGGGGAUGAGGGUUGGAUCUGGGAUUCUCUGUGAGGGUCAUGUAUGAGACUUCGUGCUAAACUAGCUAUCUCCGGGAUACAAUAAGACUCUUCUCAAGUU